AUGGCUGCCGCAGAUGUUGAGUUCCGGUGCUUCGUUGGUGGGCUUGCAUGGGCCACCGAUAACGAAGUUCUAGAGAAAGCUUUCUCUGCCUACGAAAAAAUCGUUGAAUCGAAGGUCGUUUAUUGUAGGUAUCAUCGAUCGGGAUCUGAACACCGAUUCGGAUUUGGAUCUUUUUUUUCUGAGCAAGCCAUGAGGGAUGCGAUUGAUGGCAUGAACGGCUCCAACCUUGACGGUUGUAACAUCACUGUCAACGAGACUCAAUCCCGUGGAGGUGGCGGAGGUGGUGGCUUCAGAAGCGGAGGCCGUAGUGGAUAUGGUGGUGGCGGAUUUAGCCGUGGCGGCGGCGGUGGAUACGGAGGCGGGACCAUCAUGAAGAUAGAUACAAUAGAAACGGUAGUGGCGGCAGUAGCUACGGAGAAAAAGAUGUGA